AUGGCCGGCACGUUCACUACUUACGCAGAGAUGUUGGAGGCCAUGAAGGGUCUUCAUUUGGCAAAAUCCGUGAUGGAUCUGCUUGGCCCGGCUGGUAAACACGUCAAGACGUGGGCCCAACUAGAUUCGUUCAUGCACAGCCAGCAGCUCAACAAACGCACCUUUCUUACACCACAACGCAUCGCGGAUCUUCUCCUUCAGAGGCUCCGCGACUUCUACCUUGCCAAUGAGGCCCGCAAGGGCAGUAAUGAGUAA